CUUCUAUAGCCCAUUCUUCAGACGAGAGCUAACUGAACCCUCUCAGUGGCUGCAGUUCACGAGUUGGCUCUGGCCUUGCCUAAGACUCUGGGUCUUGGCGGUGAGAGAAGAGGAAGCCUGACGAGCUGGUCUUGUGCCGGCUUAGUGCUGGGUGGUCGAGAGGCAAACCCUCAGCUCCUCUCAGGCUGGUUCCUCUGAGCAGACAGGACUCUAAAUCGCUUCCUCGGGGGUCAAAGAACCGAAGAUGGUCUUGGAGAUGCUGAACCCCAUGCAUUACAACAUCACCAGCGUGGUGCCGGAAGUCAUGCCUGCCGCCACCAUGCCCAUCCUGCUGCUCACCGGCUUCCUCCUUCUGGUCUGGAAUUAUGAAGGUACCUCCUCAAUACCAGGUCCUGGCUACUGCAUGGGAAUUGGGCCCCUCAUUUCCCAUGGCAGAUUCCUGUGGAUGGGGAUAGGCAGUGCCUGCAACUACUAUAACAAGAUGUAUGGAGAAUUCACGAGAGUCUGGAUAAGUGGAGAGGAAACGCUCAUUAUCAGCAAGUCCUCAAGCAUGUUCCAUGUGAUGAAACACAGUCACUACAUUUCCCGAUUUGGCAGCAAACUUGGCUUGCAGUGCAUUGGUAUGCACGAGAACGGCAUCAUAUUUAACAACAAUCCAGCCCUCUGGAAAGCAAUUCGACCUUUCUUUAUGAAAGCUUUGUCUGGUCCUGGCCUCGUUCGGAUGGUGGCGAUUUGCGUUGAGUCACUCAAAAUGCAUCUGGACAGGUUGGAGGAGGUGACCAAUGAGUCAGGCAAUGUUGACGUGUUGACCCUCAUGCGGCGCAUCAUGCUGGACACCUCUAACGCUCUCUUCCUGGGGGUGCCCAUGGACGAAACUGCCAUUGUGGUUAAAAUCCAGGGUUAUUUUGAUGCAUGGCAAGCUCUUCUAAUCAAACCAGACAUCUUCUUUAAGAUUUCUUGGCUAUACAAAAAAUAUGAAAAGUCCGUCAAGGAAUUGAAAGAUGCCAUAGAAGUUCUGAUAGAAGAAAAAAGACACAGGAUUUCUACAGCAGAGAAACUGGAAGAAUCCAUGGACUUUGCCACUGAUUUGAUUCUUGCCGAGAAACGUGGCGACAUGACAAAAGAGAACGUGAACCAGUGCAUCCUGGAAAUGCUGAUCGCGGCCCCCGACACCAUGUCCGUCUCCCUGUUCUUCAUGCUAUUUCUCAUCGCGAAGCACCCUAAGGUUGAAGAGGCGUUGUUGGAGGAAAUCCAGACUGUUCUUGGUGAAAGAGACAUAAGAAUUAAUGAUAUGCAAAAAUUAAAAGUGGUGGAGAACUUCAUUUAUGAGAGCAUGCGGUACCAGCCUGUCGUGGACUUGGUCAUGCGCAGAGCCUUAGAAGAUGAUGUAAUUGAUGGCUACCCGGUGAAGAAAGGGACUAAUAUUAUCUUGAAUAUUGGAAGAAUGCACAGACUUGAGUUUUUCCCCAAGCCCAAUGAAUUUACUCUUGAAAACUUUGCAAAGAAUGUUCCUUACAGGUAUUUUCAGCCAUUUGGAUUUGGGCCUCGUGCCUGUGCAGGAAAGUAUAUCGCCAUGGUGAUGAUGAAAACCAUGCUGGCCACGUUUCUGACACGAUUCCACGUGGAGACACAGAAAGGAGGGUGUGUUGAGAACAUGCAGAAAAAAAAUGACCUGUCCUUACACCCAGAUGAGACAGACAACAUGCUGGAAAUGAUCUUUGUCCCAAGAAACGCAGACAAAUGCCUGGAACACUAAAGAGGUUGCUCCCCUCCUCCCCCCAGAGCACUUUUCAUCAGUAGUUCAUGUGCACAUCAUCCAUCCUUGCCAAUAGUGUCAUUCUCAGAGUGAAUAUUCUGUGCUGCAUGGUGUUUUAUAGCAAGGCCUCCUAUAGGCUGGUAGCAAGAUGGGAGCUGUCAGUCAUCUGCUCUUGUUCAACUCAGAACUAGGCUGCAAGAGAAAAGACAGGGGCCAGGAGUUUGCAGGGGAAAUAGUCAGUGAAGAAACCACAGCUCUAAGAUCAAAUUCCACACAGUGUGCUUCGGAGACCGUAGGCCGUCAGAAAAAAAAAUACAUCUUGUUUCCCAUUGGAUUUCCAAAGGCAUUUUAAUGUCCCGGACAGAAGUACUCAAGUUUAUUAGAAAAGCCAAGCUAAUGUCUGGGGACUGGGGCCAAACACACCUGCUAGUGUGAAUAAAAGUAAUUUGGUUUCACUGGGUGGGACAGCAGAUUUCAUAGUCUUUGGAGAAAUGCUCAAAAAUUCCACACUUGAAAUUCCCACGAAUUAUGCCCAGUUAACGCCUGUUUACCCACACGUGCUCCAUCUGGGACAAAAGUUAAACUGGAGGAUAUCUUUUCCCAGCCUCAAAUCCAGGCCUCAUUCACUUACCUCUGCUAUGAUGGGUGCAGAUUCACAGUGCAAGCUACCUUAGUAAUAGCCUGAGUAAAAUACAAUGAGAACCUUACACCUGCUUUUGGGGCGGGGGUGGGAGGGUUGGGGGAGGGAAUCCACGUGAUGCAUUUCAAAUUCAAGUCCAAAUCCUUUUUGCAUAUUUGCAUUGUUGCUUAGUUUAAUUAGGGUGGCUAUUGAGGGUUAACUUUAGAUAUGGCUUCCAUCAGCUCUUACGUCAGCCUCAGUGAUAGGGAGAGGAACAUUCUCUACGUCUGCAUCUAAUUUGAACCAGUGGGUUCGAACUUCUAAGGACUGUUCAUCUCAUCUUAUUAUCUUCCUCCCCUGACAUUUUCUCCCCCACUUUUGUUCCAUGGCCCCAAAAGCCAAGAGAAACAGAUCAGUAAAGAAAGUCAUCAGAGGAGAACCCCUCUAUUUUUUUUUAUCCUACCUCAGAUUUAACAGUUACCUGAGAGAGACUUAGCAGUUAUUUAGUUUAUUGAAUCAUUGCAUGUUUACUUUGAAAUUAGCUCUCUAGAGGGAAUCAAAUAAGUGGAUUCAUUUUCCAAACGCCAAUAUACUUGUGUUAUAUAGCCAAUCUGAUCGUAUCUAUUGAAUGUCAUUGAAAAUCUAAAAAAUUAAACUUAUUU